UUUUGUGAUGUGAUGUAAAGUUUUUGAGAGGUUGCGAAUAUUGAUUUCACAAAAACACCGACCUCCCCCUCCAUUUCGGUCCAUCCCCGGUUUCUUUCAUACAAUCGUCAAAACAGGUCUCAAGCCCGCAUGCCCCUCAGGCCAUGUUCUUCUCCUCCUUGAUUUGAAUACCCACGAAGAGUUUGUCACGUAUCUGGGUGUUGAAGCCAAGAGGGGAGAGAAGGGACGCUUCGUUUCAUUUUUCUUACGGGGUUGAAGGGAACGGCCGGACAUGGCCACGAAGGGACUCGUUGUUUACCUGAUGUCUGGCUUCGCUCUCGUGAUUGUCUCUGCGUUUUUCCUCGCCAAUGGAACGCGCGACGAUGCGAAAAAGAGUCCUCUCGUUUUGUUGCCUUCGACCCUGCGCGGAUCGGACACCGAGAAAGUCUGGCCGGAAUUGGAAUUUGGGUGGAGGGUGGUGGUGGCCACGGUGAUAGGGUUUCUGGGGUCGGCGUGCGGGACGGUGGGCGGCGUCGGGGGCGGUGGCAUUUUCGUGCCGAUGCUCACUCUCGUGGUCGGGUUCGAUACCAAGUCCGCUGCUGCCAUCUCCAAGUGUAUGAUAAUGGGGGCAUCCACAUCGUCGGUCUGGUACAACCUGAGAGUGCCCCAUCCGAUGAGGGAAGUGCCCAUCAUAGACUAUGAUCUGGCCCUUCUGUUCCAGCCCAUGCUCAUGGUCGGUAUCACCGUCGGUGUGGCGCUCAGCGUGGUCUUCCCUUACUGGCUCAUCACCGUCUUAAUCAUCAUACUCUUUCUAGGAACCUCGUCAAGGUCCUUCUUCAAGGGGGUUGAGAUGUGGAAGGAGGAAACAAUCCUGAAGAAAGAAUUGGCCCAGCAGCAAGCGACUCUCGUGAACUCUCAUGGUGAACUUCUCAUCGAUACACAGUAUGAUCUGCUCAUUCCAAGAGAAGAGAAAACGGAAUGGCAAAUAUUGUGUCUGAACCUUAGGUGGAAAAGGACUUUGAUACUAGUCCUUGUCUGGGUUGCUUUCCUGCUUCUUCAGGUCAUCAAGAAUAAUCUAGCAGUCUGUAGUGCAUGGUACUGGGUGCUCUUCUGCUUGCAGUUCCCAGUCGCAAUGGCUGUAUUUGGAUAUGAAGCAGUGAAAUUGUACAGAGAGCACAAAAAGAGAAUGUGCACCGGCAACACUGAAGCCAUAUGUGAGGCCACGAUCCAGUGGACAGCAGUGCACAUUCUGUUCUGCGCACUCUGCGGCAUCUUAGGAGGCUGUGUUGGGGGUCUUCUGGGUUCGGGUGGUGGAUUCAUUCUAGGGCCGCUUCUCCUCGAGAUUGGAGUCAUUCCUCAGGUUGCUAGCGCGACGGCGACAUUCGUGAUGAUGUUCUCGUCAUCCUUGUCUGUGGUGGAAUUCUACCUGCUUAAGAGAUUUCCAAUCCCUUACGCGCUUUAUCUCAUGUCAGUUUCGAUACUGGCCGGUUUCUGGGGACAAUACUUUGUAAGGAAACUCAUAACGUUCUUGGGAAGAGCUUCCCUCAUCGUAUUCAUCCUCUCUGGUGUCAUCUUUGCUAGUGCCAUCACCAUGGGGGUCGUUGGCAUUCGGAAGAGCAUUGUGAUGAUUGAGAAUCACGAGUUCAUGGGAUUCUUGAGCUUUUGCAGUAGUCAGUGAAAGACCAUUGGAUCCAAGUGUUGGCCAAUUCCUAGUUGACCAACCUAGGCAAAAUAAUAUACCAACAAUAAAAGCUGUCAAGCUUAAUGUAGGGUUAGCUCCUGGCUAACACCACUCAUUCUUGGAUGUGUUCUUUCUGCUGUCUCCAGAUUGGUUCGUGGGCUUUUAGGUUUCUUUGCCUCGUAUAUUGGAUCGGUUUUAGCUUUUUUAGGGAACAUGGUAAUAAAGAUUAGAAAGAUGCAAAUUGCAUCUCUUUCUAUGCAUUAUUUCUGUA